AUGCACGUGGCAGGCUUUCCCUUGUCUCUCUCACUCUUGGCUUCAAGUAUUUGCGGUCAUCGUCCCCUUCUCCCCCUCCUGUAUCCCGGUGUAACCUCUCAACCGUUGUCGCUGUGCUGACCGUCCUCCACUCUCUUAUUUCUGUUUCUUGAUGCCGAGUAUAUUCUCUCGUUCACGUACGCCUUCAACUCCAAAGAAAACCACUCUCGACGCUGUCUACGACGAAUUCGGCAGAGUCACCAGCAGGGGCUCUGCCAAAGGCCCGAAAUCUUCUGCCUCACUAGCACCAUCGUCCAUAAGAAAGGAGAAGAAGAAAGAUGCCAAAGACAAGAGCCGUGCAAGGACCAUCAGCUCUCCUGCUGAGCCCGAUCCGUCCGAAUACACCCUACCUGAUGGCAGCUUUCUUCCUCUGAAUCUCGAACCUCCACAUUAUGAACCUGGAGAAGAACCCUCUCAAGAACAUAGGAAUUUCCUAGACUAUGGUUAUCUUUCCUACCAGCGGCAUGUCGUGCUAGGGUUAGAAGAGGUCGCUCGCCUGGUAGACGUGGUGGGCGACGAGCUUGGAACGCGUGGUCUCACCACGCCUUUCAUAUUCUCAACCCUUGCCCUGGAUGUAUCCUCGCAUUCCCUAAAGAGACUAAUUCAAGCAUUUCUGAGAACGUGCGGUAAGCCUUCCCAUGAAGCAGAUCGACUUUGGCGAGAAGAAGCCAGAUUUGCAGGGCCCCACGAGCUAGGAAUGUGUUUGCGAUGGGGUCUUGCACGUGUGGUGAGGGUUGUUGGUGGGCAAGAGGUACGAGGCUUGGUGUCCUAUGAUUGGUACAUGCAAUGGCGUGAAGCUGAGGCAGCACUGAAUUACCCUGCUACACAUUUUGGCGCAUUUAUCGAACCUCUUCCGCAAUUGCUUCGUUCGCUUCUGGUCGGAUUACUUACCUUACUCACACGUUUCACCGCUCACUCUUCCUCGUCUGGGCAUACACCACCGACGCUUUCUCCACUUUUUGGGCCAUUGCUGUUUGGACUUGGACCUUCGACUCUAGCUUUUCAUCAUGUAUAUGUUCAUUAUCUCCGUGCAGCAACAGCGACGGAGCACCUCAUUCUUUCUUUGAUACGUUGGCAGGACGCGCCAGGUCGGGCGGGAUCCAGCGCCACCGCCUUGGGCGUUCCUACCCGCCUGAAGGCUUGGAUUCAGGGCUAUCCAGCGAUGCUUCCUCUAACCAAGAAGAACGAGCGGCCGCAACCACGCCGGGGAGCGCGGACCGUUCGUAUGGUCAGCGUCCGACGGAAUGUUAGGAUGUACAGUCCCGACCUCGUCAAGACUGCCGCAAGUUGGGCACAACGACCCCGUGGAGCAACUUCUUCUGCCACUGAUCGUUCCUUUGCUGGUUCAAAGGAAUGGGAUCGCAUAUCGCCGCCUACUCUCAAGUUGCCGCCUCGUUAUUCGGAUGCAUAUAAGAAGCGAAUGGAUCUGGCUCCAAAUUUCCAUCCGGAUACGGGUGCGGGCUCGACCUCUUCUUCACUUAGUGCACCCUCACUUUCUGCUUCUAUUUCGACAACGUCCACUACAUCGUCUAUGUUUGACGACAAAGAAAUCGGUCUAUUGACAAAGAAGCCUGGAGAAGACAGGUUCCGAAGCUUGACUGACUUGAAAUGGGGAGAAUUCGAGGCAAUGGGCUUUGGAGACACUGGGUCGGAUGAGAAGAAGUUGCAAUUUGACCUGACCGAGGGUGCAAGAGCAGCUCGUGCAGCGAAACGUGCUACUCUUACUUGGCAGGACUUCUCUACAACGGGCUUUUCACGGAACGAUGCCCCUCUAAGCGCCACUCUUCAAUUCAGCCCCCCAGUUGCCAAUGCUGUCAACGCAUGGCCAUCUCAGUCCGCCGAGAUUCACCGGAAGCUGAAGAAGACACAAAAGUCCCUGCCACCCUUCGGAUGGGAUACAGAACCGAUCAUGGGUGGUGAGGAAGUCAUCGAAGAAGCGUUCAUAGAUGUUUUCUGUGACUUGGUCUAUGGUGGUGGGUGGAUGGAUUCCGAACGAGCCGAAGAUCUACAGAGAGAUUGCAAUUGGGCUCUGGUCGAGUUCAAAUCCCUUCCAUUAGCCAAAUCGAACACUGUUUCUGGUCCAGGCGACCCGCGGACUUCCACAACUCUCAUUCUGUUCGAGGAAUUUGUGCCAUUGGAGUACAGACAACAGCUUGCCGAAUCUGGCAAUAGUCGUCGUCGAUUACCCUCUCUGUUUGGAAACUCCAAAAAGCAAUGGAAACCCGCGACGACCCUCAAUGGAAGACCAUACGUUAUUGGACACGUCCCUCGAAGUCCGUCCUACAGAGAGGUAGAAUUUGAAGGAUUGCUACGGUCUAAUGGAAGCGCUACAAAGAUCCUCUCCCUGAAGACUCCAGAAAGACGAGCACCCACAAUCACAAGCCCGGCUGUGACCUCUCCAGCUUCGACAAUUGGUUCUCCUUUUGCAAGUGGAAAGCCUUCUUUAUUUCUGAGUCCAGUGACACGAGCAGAAUCACCCAUGCAAAGACCGUCGAGUCGUCAGAGCGAUAAUGAAUCGCCAAGCAACUCAACGUCCGGCCACCCUCACAGGAGAUCGUCCCGUUUUAGAUUAGCUGUUAGCCCCGGUGGUCGUACCGCUGGACUUCCCCCUUCAGAAUACGAGAACGUUGACUUCGAAGCCCGCUUAGCUAGUUUCUCAGAUGACGACCUUCCCCAUGGCGGUCCUACCAAACACGCUCGCGGAGAAUCUAGAGAUGAUGCUUGGGACGCAGAAGUCCGCAAUGGCCUGAAGGGUGGACGAUCGGACCCGGAGCUGGCAAGUCAGGAAGUAUCUGAAGUACUUGCUUCGCUCUCGCAAGUUCAGUCGGACGAUGACGACGACAUGGAGCCUGUACAUCGCGAUGGGGACGAUGAAGACGACGAAGAUGAUGUUCACCCUCGUGAUUCCGUUGUCGAUGAUGACACAGACAGAGAUACUAUACCAGGUCCACGCGUAGAAAUUGAGGAAGAAGACGAGGAAGACGAACCUCCUCGCCCUCUCAUGAAGAAGAGAAUGGGGUAUUUUGAUCUUCAUCCUGAACGAAAGAAUGCCAGCCUUCACUCUCGUUCUCAGUCACCUUUGCGACAACUCGAGCAACCGUCAUACGAUGAUGCGCAUGACCACUUCGAACAACAAUCGGUGUUGGAAGAUCCUAGAGAAGCGUUUAAGAGACAUUCCCUUGAUAGUCAGUCUGAUUCCGGACACGGGGAAGUGCACGAUCUCGACAAAGAUCGCUCCUCACCACCCGUGCCACCGAAAGAUCUCGAUGUCGUUUCUGCCUCGAAGCGUGAUCUUCCCGUUAUCCCGCCAAUUCUUGAUCAAGUUCGGGCAGCGUCGCCUCUCGCUACACCUCCUAAGGUGGUCUCCAAGCCCGCAGAUCCUCUGGUCUCGAAGACAAUGCCAAGCAAGACUGCGUCUUUGAUUGAGUUGUAUCGUGAACGCGAGCGUGGCACAACCUCUAGCCCAACAUCAAUACCUCCUUCCCGCUUGCCCGUUCGCACCGGAGCCUCGCUGCAACCUCCGGCCGAGCCUGUUGGUAGAACUUCGCCGUCACCAAGCCCGCCGGGAAUCCACGAAGAACUUGAAGCGAUUCUUCCACAACCUGUACGUCCUGCUACAAAUUCGGGCAUUAUCACUCCCCCUCGUUACGUGCAUGGGGCUCCUCUGCAUAAUGUGUUGGAGGAAGAGGAAGAGGAGGAGCUGUAAACAAUUUUACAACUGCACGUUCUGAGGCAUACGUCUUGAGAUAGGUUCAAGGUCACUCAACAUGCUUUCUACUAUCUAGUGAUAUACUCUCCAUCAAACCCACAUCUUCUCCUGCUGAUCAUUCGGUAGGUACUAUGGUUCAGUUCAGUCCUGGGACUUUUGAUUGUGUUUUCAUUCUUCCGUCGCUCCCUGUUAAUCAUACGUGUUCUGUUUGUUUUAUUUCUGUUGCCUGAUUCCCGUAUACCAACGGUACCGGCCGUGAACCGGAUAACUUACUCGUUCACUUGUCCAUUUCCUUUCUGCAUUGUAACCCAUGCUGCGUUCACACAUGUUGUUCCGCAAUAAUUAUGUUGGUCCAACCCCUUCUGGUUUUUGGUGCACAUACUUCGGAAUCCAUGCGAAUGAGGGGAGUGGGGUGGAAAUAGUCUCUAUUAGCUGAGUAUAAUGCAUAGUGAGUCAGGAUCUGGCUGAAAAUCUAUUGAGCUUCCUUCGAUUCCU